UAAAAACUUAAUGGUGUACGAGCAAAUCAAAUAUUUGCACUCACCAACUGCAAAUAUAGAUAAUUUGCGUUUUCUGGUAUAUUGAUGUGUAUGGAAAUACACGUGAAUUCAUACAUAGGUAAUACUAUAUAAUUUCUGGUCACAUCCAUCGUAAUGGAAAGCACAUCGGUAGUUGGUCUACGCUCUAAAUUGUCCAAUGGUUUGCAAAUACUACGCUUCUAUGAUUGGCUUAUAAAUUCUUACAUAUUGGAUUUUUACAUUGAUCAACAUUGGAAUAAGUUGCCGGAAAGUUGGCGGCUACAUUUGGAGGAGUUGCAUCCUGAAGAGUUAACUACUCUUUUAAAUUAUAACAAGUGUAGUAAGCAGAAGCAUGGUGUUUGGCCGUUGUCAUUAUUAACUUUACGUCACUUAUUGUUUCAAUUAAGUAUACCAAGAGAUCAAUCUACAAAUUCAAUCGAAUUGAGUGUAUCGCGGAGGCCUGUUCUUAGCCACAUAAAGCUUGGACAUGCAUUUAAUAAAUGCGUUAAACCUAAGAAACGCCAUGAAAUUCAAUUAAUGGCAUCCAUUUGUGAAUACAGUUGUCAAAUAUCACCAGUUGAUUUUGUUGUGGAUUUCGGCGCUGGCUUAGGCCAUCUUGCACGAGUACUUGGUUAUGGCUACGGUGUACAAGUUUCUUGUAUAGAAAUGCGCCCAGAACUCAAUGUACAAGCAAGCUGUAUUGACGUAAAAUUGGAAAGUGUUCUUCAAAAAUAUAUACCAUCGGCGAAUCUUGCCUGUUUUAGACGACCAAAACAUGUAACAUUAUGUAUAACGCCAGACAUGCAACCACAGCAGUUUCUCCAGAUAAUUGCUGAAUCACAACAAAAGCCAAAUACAAAUUUUAAGUUUGGCAUAAUUGGGUUACAUCCUUGCGGUGAUUUAGCCGUUAUAUUAAUGCGUAUGUUCACUAAUAUUCCACAGGCUCGUUUUCUUAAUUUCGCUAGUUGUUGUUAUAUGAAAUUAACUACGUCUGAAACACAAUCUAAUAUUAAACUACAAGGAUAUCCUCUUAGCCAAUACUUAUUAAAACAACAGGAAUUCUCGUUUUUAAGCUAUGAAGCUCUUGAGAUAUCUUGUCAUGCUAUGGAAAUAUAUUGCGACCGUCUGGCUAGAGGUGAUUAUGAAUAUUUAAAAGUACAUUCUUUCCGAGCGGCCGCAGAGCGAAUUAUUAUAAACCAAUGGCCCAAUUUAAAACAUUGUGGGCUCCGAAGUGUGAAGCAUGUUCCUGGUAUGAACUUUGAAGAUUAUUUCUACAAAGCAACUCAAGGAGUUGAGGCUUUCAAUUUGCCACGUUCUGAUUUGCAAACUACAACAACACAAAAUGAUUUACUCCAUUGGCGGCGCAUAGUUAUUUUUUACACUCUCCGACUAAUGUUUGCACCUCUAAUAGAGAGUAUAAUAUUAUAUGAUCGGGCUUUAUAUCUUCAAGAAAAUGAGUGCCAAGUGAAGAUAAACGCAACAUUUGAUCCUCGUAUAUCCCCACGGAAUCACAUAACUUGUUCGUUCAAACCCAAAUAAUACGUUGACCCAUAUAACAUUGUUUAUUGUGAUUUGAUUUGGUAUAUUAGAAUUUUGCCUAUCAUGAUGAGAUACAUAGGUUUAACUUUUUUGAGAUGUUAUUUAAUAUUUCUCAUACAAGUUCCGCUACAGUAAGUUAUUUCCAUACCUGAAAAAAGGAGAAAAUAUAAACCUUUAGAAAUUAUUUAUACAUACAUAUAAUAAAUGCUGAAUUGAAUUAUGUCAAUUUAUAUUAUAUGUAAUUCCUCUCCUAAAUUCCUAGAAUUUCUUCCGUUUUAGUUUUAUGGUAUUUAUUCUGGGAAAAAGCAACAGGACUGAACAUUAUAGAUAUUAAGAAAAAACGUUAACUUCGGCUGCAACGAAGUUGUAAUACCAUUUACAGGUGUAUAUAGUAACUUCCAAGUCGAAUAAAGGUUACUUAAUAAUGAAAAAAU